AACACAACCAAAACAACACGAGAGGCGGCGUGUGUUGAAUAUGUCGUUUUUUAAGCCUUUAUUUUCAUCUUGAGAGGGACAUUUCUUGGCCGAAUAUAGGGCUUCUUGACCCUCUACACAACACAGCCAAGAUGAAGGAGCAGUAUCGGGAGACAGAUGUUGUCCGCAACAUCCUGGACAUCCAGUUUGGGGUGCUGUCAGCACAGGACAUGCAGCAGUGCAGUCAUGCUCACAUUGUAUCAUCGGAACUCUAUAACCCGAAUGCAAAUGCCAGAGAACCAGCCUCUCAUGGUGUCUUGGAUAGAAGAAUGGGUACUAGUCAAAAAGAUGUGACAUGUGAGACCUGCGGCAAGAAUUUAUCAGACUGCAUUGGUCAUUAUGGUUACCUGGACCUUGCUCGACCAGUGUUCCAUGUCGGCUACUUCAAGAAUACAAUCCAUAUCCUCCAAAAUAUUUGUAAGUUCUGUGCACAUGUACUUCUCAAACCAAAAGAUAAACUUGCGCUCUGUGAGCAGUCAAAGAGAUUAAGCUCAUACCUGCAGAAGAAGGCUCUAUACAAGCGUGUUAAUGAACUAUGCAAGAAGAUGAGCUUGUGUCCAUACUGCAGCGCCAGAAAUGGGACUGUGAAAAAACUGCCACCUCUCAAGAUUGUUCAUGAGAGGUUCAAAACAGUCAAGAAGGGGGAUCCUUUGUUGACAGACUAUUUUACUCAAUUUGACACAGCAUUAGAGUACAACAAAGAGUUAGAAGCACAGCUGGCCUCCAAUGUUGUGGAGUUCCUGAAUCCUAGUCAGGUCCUUGAUCUGUUUGAGAGGAUUCCCCUCUCAGAUUUGCCACUCUUAUGCAUGGACCAACAAUUUUCGCAUCCGAAGGACCUCAUUCUUACGCGACUGUUAGUCCCUCCAAACUGCAUAAGGCCAUCUGUGAUCUCAGAACUAAAAUCUGGAACGAAUGAGGAUGACAUUACGGUCAUGCUUACUGAGAUUAUAUUCCUGAACAAUCUGAUCAACAAGAGAAGCUCUGGGAAAGUGCAGAGCAUCCAAGACUCUUGGGAACAUCUGCAGCUUCAUGUGGCAUUCUUGAUGAAUUCAGAGAUAUCGGUGCCGCAUGAUCUGAAUAUGGCGCGGAAAUCAACACGAGGGUUUGUCCAGAGGUUAAAGGGUAAGCAGGGCCGUUUCCGAGGUAACUUGUCUGGAAAGCGUGUCGAUUUCUCCAGCCGAACUGUCAUCUCUCCGGAUCCCAAUCUCAGAAUCAAUGAGGUGGGUGUGCCAGUGGAAGUAGCAAAGCAGCUGUCUUACCCUGAGAAAGUGACGUCACACAAUAUCAACCUCAUGCGUCAGCUGGUGCGGAAUGGCCCAGACGUCCAUCCUGGGGCCCUCUUUGUGGAGCCAAAGUCGACGCCCGGCAUCAAGAAAUCAAUGAGAUACGUGCAUAGGGAGCGAAUGGCCAAUGAGCUGAAACAAGGGGACAUUAUUGAGAGACACCUGAUGGAUGGAGACAUUGUCCUAUACAACCGACAGCCUUCCUUGCACAAAAUGAGCAUCAUGUCCCACAGAGUUAGGGUUCUCCCAUGGAGGACCUUUAGGUUCAACGAGUGUGUCUGUACUCCUUACAAUGCUGAUUUUGAUGGGGAUGAGAUGAACCUUCAUGUGCCACAGACAGAAGAGGCGAGGGCAGAGGCAUUGGUGCUCAUGGGGGUAACCUCCAACCUGGUGACCCCAAGACACGGAGCGCUCAUCAUUGGUGCAACGCAGGAUUUCAUCACAGGCUCCUACCUCCUUACACAGAAGGAUCAGUUCUUUGAUAAGGAACACACCUGUGCCCUUGUGGCCUCCAUCUUGGCAGGGAAGGAAUCUGACUAUAAAGUAGAUCUACCGCCUCCUGCUAUUAUGAAGCACAAUGACCCGAGCUACACAGCACAGUACACGGAGUCUACCAACAACUAUCACAUUGCAUUGCGGAGCACGAACUCUCGAUCAUGCCAGGAUCAGGGCUCCUCACCAGGAAGCAGGAACUCCUUGAUGAAGGGCUCUAAACACGAGAGCACAGCGGAGCACUCUUACGGUGACGACACAAUCAAUCUACACACACAAUCAAGUUUCUUUAUUUCAUUGUUAGGAGACAAUAUGCUUGUUUAUGCAGUAAAUCUAUCAAGCACAACGCAAGAUCAUAGAGAGAAACAACUGCGCGACACAAAGGAGUUGAGCAAAAAGCAUCUCAUCACUCAUCACACACAGCACACGCGCAAUUACAACCACACACACUAUAGCACAACGCCACGCACAGCAGCCAUGACCAACCUAGACCGAGGCAGACACCUUACAGCACGACCCACAGCUGAUCCUAGGGACAGCUACACAAGUCACAAACCCAUCCACGGAGACAAACACACAGGAGCUGACAAGUGCUAUGCUGCUCAUGGAGAGCGGCAGAAGACCAAUGCAGCACUCAUCAGGACUCAGCAGGCCAUCCAUAGAGAUCACAUGGUAAUAUACAAGAGAGUCCCCAUACAAGAGAUUUUUGAGGACCGAAGCAUCAUGCUCUUUCGCCGAGCGUACGCUGGAUAUCUGAAAUUGACACCAGAGGUAGAUGAAUGUUUGUAUGAGUCAGGUACAGCAGUUGUGGUCUCACAGCACGAGGAGCUCCUCAAUCACCACGGAUAUAUUUUCUUUUGGGCGACUCGCACUACCAUAAGUGCUGCGAGAACGACCGGAGGCGCGCUCUGUUGGUUGAGGCAUCUCCGGCUGUCCAAAGACCUUUUCUUUGAUGAUCUUGUGCUUAUGUCUCUCUAUUGUCGCGCGAGUGUCAAUAUCUGCGUAGAGACGAAGUCCAGAACGCCACCCUGUUACAUUGUGGACUCGCAGUAUGAUCGAUGUAUUUGUCGCGCUAUCACACUUGUAGAGUAUGAAGUAAUCCAUAACUUAUCUGUGGAGGAGAAGUCACAAACUAUUUUUAUGCUUCGAUCGACACACAGAGGUUUACCCGCGAACUAUCUUCAUAUUCCUACCCAUAUAUCACCUCUGAAAGUCGUCUACUUUAUCUUGCAUCUAUUGCGUUCUAUUGCAGCGGCAACAUGCAACUCCCACUCGCUCACAAUACUGUCCCAUCUCACGUGUCGAAGAUGGGAUAAUAGAGGUGAUGGUCUAGACCUCCACCUACUGGAAAUAGAGAUCUCUGCCUUACAGCCAGUUGCACAGGUGGGAUGGACUGUGUAUCGAGGAGUACAGUACACCUAUCCUACUUGUCCGCGCAGCACCAUAUCAAGCUACAGUCAACAUCUACCUAAAAGCAGUUCAAUAUUCGCAUCAAGGUUGACUACUGCCAAUCCGUACAUAUCGGAGAGCUGUCCUCAAAUCAGAAAUGACACGAGUGGGGUUUCCCAGUACGAACUGCUUGUGGAAGGGGACAACUUGCAGGAAGUCAUUGCAACCUAUGGUGUUGAUGGCACACGUUGCACCUCAAACAACACGUAUGAAGUCUUCACCUCAUUAGGGAUUGAGGCAGCAAGAGCAACAAUCAUCAAAGAGAUCACAGUGACUAUGGAGACUCACGGCCUGAGUGUGGACCACAGGCAUGUAAUGCUACUGGCUGACUUGAUGACCUGUCGUGGCCAAGUAUUUGCUCGGAUCACUCGCCAUGGGCUGUCCAAGAUGAAGUCAGAUGCUUGA